GAUAUUUUUAGUUGAAAUACUGAAAACAUUGAAAUUCUCCUUGUUAUAAACACGCCGGUGUAGUUUGCGUGAAUGCUAGUCUUUAGAUUUAUCACCAAUUAAAGGUUUUUAUCACUAAAAUACAAUUUGUGAAGAGUGUAAACAAAACAAUGCUAUAACCUAAAAAGACUAAUGAAGCAUAUUGCAGUCACAAUCAAAUUUCUAAACGCUAACACUAUGUCGGAUCGUUCGUUACAUACUUUACCAGGAAUAAAAAGAAAGACCGAUGUUGAAUGUUUUGACAGUAGCGAUUCAUCUUCAGACUCAAUGGAAGUCUCCAUGAGGAAGUCACCGGAUAUGCCAUUGGUGGAAAAAGAAAUACCGAGGGAUAACCUAUACGGGUUAAAACCAGCGUUCCUGAAGUCUCUUGGUAUUAAUCCUCCUAUUGAUCAGUGGGUUCAUAUAACUAAUUUUAGGUGUGAUAAAUGGGAGUUGAAGGAGGUGUUAGAAUUAGCUGGACAUGUUGUAAUAUGCUCCGUUGUACCGAUCCGUGAACGCUAUGCAAGAGCCAUGUACAGCCACCCACUAGAAGCUGUUCAGGCUGUGUCAAUGUUGAAUGGACAAACUUUUUUUGGACAGAAAUUGAAAAUAAAUAUGGUCUUGUGUCCGACAGAUACAGUUAUAAUGCCGAAGGGACUGACUAACGUUGGACCAGGAUUAGGUGUUAGAGGGAAACCAUUGAGAAAUAUUGUUGACCAUUACAAGCAGUUCAUUAACAAAGAGGAAUCCCUAGUAGACCCGAUCCUUUUCUCAAAAUUCGAAAAUGGAAAUAGUCAGUCAGGUUAUGAUAGAAAACAGAAAGAAGAGAAUAACGAUUUAACGAAGCGCACUAUGUCAUUCAAAGUUAGGAGCGUUGAAAGCUGGGAUGAUUUAGAGGAAUCAGCUCCUCCGACGAAGAAAGCAAAAAUUAAUUCGGAUAAUAGUAGUCCUCAGUCCAACCAUGACAGCGUGGACAGUAAUAAUAAAGGGACCAAUAAAACUGAAACAAAUGACAAAAGUGCCGAUUUUAUCCCCCUUAAAAGCCCUAACGUUCAACCUGAUCGCCCUACUCGCCGGAAUCUAACAGUAAUCCCUUUAGAAUCUUCAUCGCCUUCUGCAAGACCUGCAACAUCUUCAGAGCCUGGCUUACAAGCUAGACCAGUUUCCGGUCCACCAGGUUUUAAUACAAGUCCAUCUACACAGCCAGGAGUGAUUAAUCCAAGAAUGAACGUUAGGGCAAUGGGAACUCCCAACUUCACCAUGCAUCCAGGAAUGGCUCUUCCAGGCCCACAAGGAGUUAGAAUGGGUCAUACUGGACCUCAAGGAAUGACAAUGAAUCCUAUGGGACCAGCACGGGUCCCAGGUCCUGCACCAAUGAAUAUGAAUAUUCGACCUGGCGGUUACGGGCCUCCUAAUACUAUGCAGCCACAUGCGUUUGUGCCACCUGGCAUGGGCGCUGUGCCGAUCCAAGGACCUCCUGCACCGAGCACAAUUUCUUUACAAUUCAGAAAUUUGCCGCCUUCUACGACAUUCCCCCUUCUAUGUGAGAAGGUUUCUCUCUGCGGGCAAGUUUUAUCACUCCAAUUAACUACGCCCGGAUGUGCUGUCGCUCAGUUCUCACAACGAGCCCACGCCGAAAGAUGUUUUCAGGUUUUCAACGGGCUCCUUAUUGAUGGCUAUACCGUAGAGGUACGUUAUAUAUAAUUGGGUAAGUAUUUUCAUAAAAGGAUCUUUUGUGUGUAGCAAUCAAGGAAGACGGAUUCUACUUAUACGUGUAUCUAUGGUAAGACAUUGCUUAAACACUAUCACGUAGAUUUUCCAGAUGAAAAAAUCGGUACGAACAAUGGGGACUCUUAUGUGCUCAUAAAUGAAAUACCCAGGGCCGGAUUUGAAGUUGUGGAGACCCUUGGAAACGAAAAGACCUAACGAAGAAGUGGAGCUCUCUAAAUCUGGACCGGAUCACUUACGAUUUGCACAUCCCUGGUAAAUCCUGGUAAAUGCGUCGUAAUUUUAUUUCUUUUAUCUUUGUUGUGGAGGACCCUAUUCUGUCGGCCUGGCCCUGGGCCACAACCCCGCCCGCCCUGCCUUAUACGUCAUUUACACUACCCAAUUUUAAGGGCCCUAUCGAAAGGGUGGGCGUGGCCCUUAGCUAGGGUAGCAAUUAUUACACCGCGCGCCGAUCGGGUCCCUUAAACCCUAACUCAUGUUACACCAGUCUUAGUCCGGGUAAGUGGCCCUUAAAAUUGGCAGUAUAAAUACCGUUUUAAAUCCCGCUCUGGAAAUACCCAUACAUGAAAUUGCACAAUAUUUUACACGAAUCUUAGCUUAAUUCUCAGCUUCCUUUAAUAACACGUGCCCUGGUAGGCACCAACCGCCUUUUUAUAGCUAUUAUUAGAGAAGCGGACAAGGAAAACCGAUUUAUUUUUCGUCUUCGUAAUGAAAAUGAAGUCUUAACUUUAUUUUCCUUCGCUAA